GUGGGAAGGCAAGGCAAGGAAAGGCUAGCGAAGGAGCAUCCAGCACAGGGACCAGGCAAAGAAAGCGUGGCAGAGGCGGGGCGGCGGCCAACGUGGUUUAGACCUGAAGCCUCCGACGAGCAUGGGCGUGGCUGGAAGAGGCGGGGCAUAGGACCGGUGGACGUUCAGGGCAUGGACAGGACGGAUGAGAAGAGGUGGAGGGAAAAGGUGUCGGUGGGGACAGUGAGGAUCGCGAAGUCAGCGUGGGUGUGGGGCGACGGGAGGUCCUGCGGCCAGAGGACGGUCUAUGGCAAGGAGAGUCUCCGAAAUCACGAGCAGAGUCGAGGCGAAGACAAAUACUGGGGCAAGGAAACAGUUAUUUACGAGAGGGAGCACGGCGAACAGAGAGCCAAACGGGAGGACCGGGACGAGGAGCGACCACCCGGCGAAGACAGAUCCCGGGGCGAGGGGAGGUCACCCGAGGAAGAGCGAUCCGGGGGCGAGGGGAGAUCUGGAGGAGUAGAGAGGCCCCGCGACCAGGAAAGGCUCCCUAAGGAGAGGGCUGGCGCGGAGGGGCAGGCGGGUGCCGAGGAGAAACCACCGGGGCGGGAGAAGGAGAGGGGCCGGGGAUCGGAGCAGAAGCAGGAGGGCCAGGUUGCCCAGGACCCGGGGAGGGGAAGAAGCCAGGACCUAGGGCGUGGCCAGGACAGAAAGAGGAGCGAGGAGCCGACCUCCUGCCAGACUCAGUGCCCGUUCCACGGCAAGGGGCGUGGCCAGGAGAGAAAGUCCGUAGGAGAGCCAAUCUCCUGUCAGAUUCAGUGCCCGUUCCACGGCAAGGGGCGUGGCCAGGAGGAAAAGUCCAGCGAAGACCCAAUCUCCGGCCAGACUCCGCGCCAGAGCCAAAGCAAGGGGCGUGGCCAGGAGAGCAAGUCCAGCGGAGAACCAAUCUCGGGCAAGACUCGGCGCCAGAGCCGCAGCAAGGGGCGUAGCCAGGAGGGAAAGUCCCGCGAAAAGCCGAUCUCCAGCCAGACUCGGCGCCGGAGUCAGGGCAGGGGCCGUAGCCAGGAGAGCAAGUCCAGCGGAGAACCAAUCUCCGGCAAGACUCGGCGCCAGAGCCGCAGCAAGGGGCGUAGCCAGGAGGGAAAGUCCCGCGAAAAGCCGAUCUCCGGCCAGACUCGGCGCCGGAGUCAGGGCAGGGGCCGUAGCGUGGACGGAGGUGUGGGCAAGGACUCACAGACUGACAAGACCAAGGCUAGAAGCCGGCUCCUGAGCAGGGCAGGGGAGAAGAGAAAGGGGCGUGGCGAGGAGCGGUGUGAGGGCGGGACAGCCUGUGAGGGCGGAGCCAAGUCCAGGAACAAGUCGGUGGUCGCCGAGGGGCGUAAGGGUGGGGAAAAGAAGGGCAAGGCAAGAAACAAAAAGAGAGACUUGGCGAAGAGUAGAGUCGGAGUUCUAAGCGGCGGCAUAGAGAAGAGCAAGGGUAGGGCAAGGAGAGAGAGAGCGACUGGCAAGCGGGCUGAAAAGAGCCGCGAGGCCAGAAGUAAGAGUAGGGGCGGGGCCGAGAGCAAGAGCAGGGGCGUGGCGAGGAGUCUUAGUAGGGGAGGGGCUGAGAGUAAGAGAACCGGCAGGACCAGGAGUAUUAGUAGGGGCGAGGUCGAGAGUAAGAGUAAGGGCGUGGCCAGGAGUAAGAACAGGGCUAGGGUGAGUAGAGGCGGGAACAGGGCGGGCGCUCGAAGCCUGAUCAAAAGUGGAGCCAGGAAGAGGGGCGGGAAGAAAGGCAAGAACUGAGCGGUUUCCCAGAGAUCAGCCCCAGCGAGCAGACUGACAA